CUAGAAUACUGCUAAACAUAGUAGCAGUGUAUUAAUCAGCCAACCAGGUUAUCCACAUGUGAAUUUUCCAUUUUCGUUAUUUUAGUAACAUAACUUCACAUAAUUUCUAAUUAAUCGCUGAUUGGUUGAAAUCCUCCUUGAGGACCGCUGAGCUUGUCAUGUCGCUUGCGAGAAAAAUGCAGGGUCAUCCCAACACAUUUAUUUUGGAGACAUGAAAAAGAAUGAAAUUGCAACAGUAUGUAAGCUAAUUAAGAUCGUUUGAAAGAGAAACUGCCAGUCAAAAAAUCGUACUGAUGUAAUGAAUGUAAAAUACUGUAUUUCUUGAUAUAUCAGGUAGCGGUUGAAAUGUUCAUUGCAUGUAGGUUAAUAAAACUGAUGGCUACAAAAGAUAUUGAAGAAUGAGACAUUAAAUUAACUUUUGGUAGUCUAGAGACAUUUUCAGCAAUUCUGGAGCAUACAUUUAACGACAAUGGAACAAUGGAAGAUAUAAUUAAGUUGAAGUCCUAUUGACCAGUCACUGUCUAACUCUAUGAGUCAAUGUUUGCUAAUAUACGAAUAAGUCAUAAGAAAGCUAGGGGCCGUCAAAUCGAAAAGUGACAUCAAUCCAUGAAGUCGUCUAACCAUUAAAUUGAGCCAUGUAGGUCGAUUAGAUUAUAUGGUUGGGCUCCGCUGGAUUGUCGUUAUCAAUGGUUGGAGAUAGGUGACAUGGCUAAGAAUAGACCUCAAUAAUACGAACGGAUCAACUCUUUCUCUUCAUUUAGUUCUUCAAUUUCAAAAUUAUAUUAUAUAUUUUAAUUGACGAAUGCUGUCCUUUUCAAAUCAUAUUGUCUAUGCCUGAUGUUUUCUACUACUACCACAGAUACUCUUACUGCUUCUACUAAUCUGACGUCUAGCCGAGACGAUAUGUUGUGGGAACUUGAACUCAUGUAUCUAUGUGCCAAGUUCUAAGUUGUUUAUGACUGGAUGACUGAUUACUUAACUGCCCGACUCUAGAUCUCUACUUGAGACAUACUGCACUAAUGGUUUGAUAUAUCCUAAAUAUCUGGAAAAUUAUGGCAUUCAGUAAAAUUGAGGGAUGGACGACAUUAGUAUUUGGAACAUUCAAACUUUUGAUUGUACAGUUAUGCAGCGAUAUGUCAGUGGUUACAUAACAAAUAGUAAAUACUGUUUAUCGCUUAAUUUAUGCUGAGGAGUCCCAUGCUAGGACAAAACGUCCGUGCAGUGCUCCCAGGUUUUCGAUGAUGGUCUAGCUUACAUCUCCUUAUGAAUUCAACUAUUCAAAUUAUGUAAGAUCGUUUACAGUUAUUAUUCGGUGAUUGUACUAAUAUAGUUUUAUGUUAUGAAAACACUUGUGGGAACAACAUCAGAUAAGAUAGAUAAAAAACCGUGCAGUAGACUGGGAAAGUUUGAUUUCGUAAUUAUCAUUCUUAUUUAUAGUUCUACGCUAAUGGAUUUCCCAUAUGAAAGCAAGGCUACCUAACUCUUGUAAGAAACUAACUAAAGACAACUGAAUGAUCGUCACUUAAAUUGUCCCUCCAUCCAAUCACUUUAUGUGGAAAUCAACCACUGAUUAUCUGUUAUGUCCUGUAAAAUUUUCAGCAGUGUGUGAUAUUUAAACCCCAGUCAUUUGAGUGAGUAUAAGCGUUUGCCUCAUGAAACUUAUUAUGUUGAAUUUUCCAUUUAUCUUAAUUUCGUAGCUAAUUUGUCCUUAAAAUGAUUGAGUAGAUGUUCUCUCAAUCUAUUUAUUAGUUAAUUACAUUUAUGAAUUAACGAGCUGGUGUGAGGUGUGGCAUCACGAACAUAUACAGAUUUAUGCUAGGCCAUUUCUUGUUUGUGACAGGAAAAAUAAAUAACUUGUUGUUACGUGUGAGUAUGGAGAUCUGGUCCGCAAAUUUCUUUUUCUUAGUCAUCAGUAAUCUAUUAUAAAGAAAACUGAUCUUAUUCCUUAAAUGAUCUCCUGAUAUUAUGCAGUUAUCUUCAUUCUCAACAUGAACUUCGUAAAGUUUAAAAGCAGAGUCAGUCCUACAAGAGAUCAAAUUACGCUCAAACAGGCUCAAAAAUGUAGACGCUCAAGUUCAUCAGUGCUAGAACCGUUGGAAGAUAUGGUCACAUGUCCAAUUGACUUAAAUUUUUUAGAUAACCCAAAAUUAUUACCAUGUGGUCAUGCCUUCUGUUGUAAAUGUUUAAAUAAAUAUAUGGAGAAAUUGCCACCAUCACCACCAACCAAUGCUAGAAAUACUAUUACUGCUUCCAAUAAUAACAGUCACAACAAUAAUAGUCGUAACAAUCAUAAUAAUAACACGAAUACCGGUAAUCUUCAGCACCAUAGAAAUGGUAAAUCCAAUGAAAAGACAUCAUUUCCUUGUCCAAUAUGCCGUGCAUUAUGUCCAAUUCCAGCUACACGUAAUGCUGAUUCAUUUCCCAGCGCUUUUAAUCAUAAAGCAAUUUUAGAAUUUUUAAAAAAUAAUCAUAUUAAUAGUUUUGUAUCACGUAUGAAUAAUAAUAACAAUAACGGAACAGUCGAACAAUCUGAUAGCACUGGUAAAAGUCCAAUACCUACUCGUAAAACAUCAUUACAAGUUAGUUCAAGAAUGUUAAAUUACAUAGUAGACGAUAUUGCAUCAAGACAACGUGAAGGACGAAUGAAUGAAAUUGAUCGUGCUGUAAUCAUUGAUGAAUUUAAAGAGAUUUUAGUGAAUUUACAAGCAUUCGAUGAUAAAUUACCAUUAACAUCUUUGAAUAAUAAUAAUAAACAACAUUCAUUAAAUGUAAAUAAUGUAAACUUAUUAGAUAAAAAUACUAAUCGUGAUAAUACUAUUAAUGGUAAUAAUAAUAAUGGUUGUAGUACAUUACCUUGUACUACUACUAAUCCACGUUCUAGUACACCAUCUACUAUUUCACCAACUAAUUCAAUACGUCAUUUUGGUCGAUUUCAUGCUGCAGCAUCACGUAUACGUAGAUUUACAGCAAGUUCAAUAUCAUCAAAUGAUCUAUUACCAAUAGAAACAGCAUCAUCUUAUGUAUCAUAUCGUGAUGCUGAAGGUUUACGUAUAAUGAUGGAACGUAAUUCUAAAUUUCAUGUACUUACUAAAGGUAAAGAUUGUUGUAUUAUGCGACCAGGUGAAAUCUAUCAACCUAUUGAUAUGAAAUUAAUGAUCAAUCAUGAAGAUAACAAUUGUAAUAUACAUCGUUUUACAUUAACAACAAAUUUAAAAUGUGAUGAAUUGUUGUUAUGGAAACAGCAAUUACAUUUUAACAAUGGAUUUUUCAAUCUUAUUCAUAAUAAUCAUAAAUAUGGAUUAAAUCAAAUUAGUAGUCAAAUUAUUGUUGAUAAUUCAAAUCCGAUUAAAAUUUUGUAUUUACGUUUUCAUGGUUCUGUUAUUUAUUUGACGGGAAUUAUUACACCGAAUACAUCAACUGCAUCUACAUUGGAUGAGGAAGAAGGAUUAGACUCUAUAGAAAAGUCUGAAUUUGGUAUUCUAGUCUGUUGUACAAUUUCUGAUGAAGAUCAUUCGAAUAAGAACGAUAUACCUACUUUGAUCAAUGGUGGUGGUAGAAAUAAUAAUAAUCAUGAGACCAAUUCUGAAUCAAAUCAAAAUACAUCAUCGUCGAAUAAUCCAUUCCCAAUUAUAGCUACUUCAAGUUUAUUUUAUCGUGAUAAUGUUGGUUUAGAAAGACAAAAUCAACCAAUUAUCUUUGGCAUAGAUAUUGAUCAUACUAAUGGUGAUAUUUACAUUGCACAACCAGCGAAUGCAAUGAUAUGUCGUUUAAAAUCAAAUGAUUUAACUAGAAUUGAUCGUACCUGGUAUUUAAAUGAUCCACAAUUAUCACCUUACUUUUUAUGUUUAGCUAAAAAUGAACAAAAUGUUUGGGCAACAUGUCCAACAGAAGAUAAAGUGUUAAUCCUAGAUAUUGAUGUUGAUGGAUAUUUUCAUUUUACACCAAGUAUUUCAUUCAAUAUAGUACCUGGACAUAUAAUUUACACAUCAGAUAAUCGUAUCAUAUUAUUAGAUCAAUCUAAUUAUGAUUUGUAUUGGAUAACAAGAAUUGAAAAAGCAAUUUGUGUUCAACGUCUAUAUUAUAAUAUCGGCAGUCAUCAACCAAAGAAAUUUCAAAUUAUGGCUAUACAACCAGUAUACAGUGAUGAAAUUGUUCACUCUGCUAAUAGUACUACUACUACUACUACAAAUACUAGUACCAUGAGUAGUAUUAAUCAUUCGUCCUAUUCAAAUCAUCACCAUCAACAACAAACUACUCAUUAUAAUGGUAACACACACAAUCAUUCUAAUGAGAAUGGUAAUAAUAAACUAAAAUUAUUUUCAAAACAUUCCUUUACUACUGCUACAUCAUUAUCACCAUCAUCAUCACAAUCAAUUGAUAAGCUACGUGGUGGUAUUAUGUGUGCGCAUAAUUAUGGCUGUACUGUGAUUUAUCCACAAAAAUUAUUUUCACGUAAUAAAUCGGCUAAAAUAUCAUCUUGCUUAAAUUUAUGCGUUAGAAUAUGAUGACGAUGAUAACGAAGAAGAAGAAGAAGGUACAAAGAUCUUUGUGGUUUCACAAUUCCUCCUAUUUUUUAGAAAAAAGAACAAAAACAACAAAGACUGUAGAAUAAAGAUAGAUGACCCAGGAUGAAGGAAAAACAUUCGAUGAAAAUUUGUUUAUUUGUGUUUUUUUUCUCUUUUUAUUACUGAAAAAAAAAUAAUUUUUUUCAAAAUGGAUUUUCUUGUUGCAUUUAUGUUUUGUAAAAAUACAAAAAUAACGAAGAAAAAGAAAAAAAUAUGUCCGAUUCAUUUUUAUAUGAAUUCACUUAUAUAGCUUCUACCUGUGUGCCUCAUCAAGUCCAUUCAAUACGUAUACAUGUUUUAAUAGUAAUUUAAUUGAGCACAUUGAAUACACGAUAUAACACUUAUCAUGAUAUCUUUCUCUUCGAGAGAGAGAGAGAGAGGGAGGACAUUUUUUUGGUUUUGUUACUUAAUGAUUUUGAAUUUUUAAUUAUGAAGUUAUCAUCUUGUAUUUAUUUCACAGUGAUUACCCCCACCUUUUUUUUGUUGCCACGUCAAUUUCAUGAUUUGUUCACUCCUACUCUUUUUUUUAAAACAAUUCAUAUUAUUAUUUUAAAUUUUAGUCUGUAAAUGGUUUUACAUAAUACAAUCAGUUUGUAUAGCUUUGUAUGAUGGAUACACUACACUAUAAGAUAAAUUUACCAAUCUCAUUAUUUAUGUUUAGCUUAUCAUGCAUAAUUUAAAAUAAAAAUCAAGCCAAGAAAUUCUAUUUG